CACGCAUGUCGGACCUCCUCUGAGCUUAAGCAAUUAGCCUCAGCUGAUUACAAUAACCUACAACGUAGGCGAAUAAUUAUUGCUCAAUCAAAAACUAAUUGCUAGAUCUGCACCGCGCCUUUCGACUGUUGUACCUCCUCUGCCAAGGACUUAGACCAGGGACUUACAUGGUUACUUUUACAGUGUGUAGCUGAUUGGAGCUUAAUAUCACCUUUAACAAUGGUAUAUGAAAACACAAACUCCGUGGGGGGGAAUAGGGUUGGCUGGAGCCGCUCAAACCAAAACGACGUAAACAGAAGGUCGGUGUUGGUUAUUUUAUAGUUGAUAUGGACCAUAUCAACUGAUAUGUAUAUUAAAUGGUUGAUAUGUAAUUUGAGUGAUCUUUAAGAAUGCAACAUGGCCAGUAAGAUGACGUUGGGCACUUUUUGAGUUCACGGUUGCCUCCAAGUAUCAAUUAAGUAAGAUGCUAUAAGAGAGUCCAAGAUGUUGCUAACCUUGCUGAGACUCACCCUCCUUGCUUGUGUAGCAGCCUCCACUGAUAUCCACUUUGGGUUUGUGGCUACUGACAACUCUACAGCGACAGAGCUGAUCACUCCACUGGAGAUUGCACUGGAGCUCAUCAAUAACAGCUCAAGUAUCCUACCUGGCUAUCAACUGAAUUAUGUGCUUUGGUUAUCAGAGUGUGACCGCACCACUUCCCUCAACCGGUUCCUGGAUGUUGUACUGGAGCAGUGCAAUGGAUCCUCCGGGGGACCAACCAUUCUGGGUGUGCUGGGAUGUGGAUGCACUGAGGCUGACCUCCCAGUGGCCGAAAUUGUUCAUCGCUGGAAUAUGCCUCAGAUAUCAUAUGCCGGAGAGUCAUCAGUGAUGAAGGGAAGAAGGCGAUUCCCUAAUUAUUUCCUGCUCCAUUCAUUGGAGAGCACAGGGAGGGCACUCCAGGCUCUAUUGUCUGAGUUUAGAUGGACAAGGCUGGCCGUUGUUACUGACAAUUCCACAAGAUUUCUCGAGGUUGGACGUUCUAUCUACUCAAUUCUAGCAUAUCAGAAUAUCACUCAAAACCACACAAUUUUGGGCCCUGGCAACAGUGAGGAGUCUUUGGAUUUGCUGAGUGGUGACUACAGAAUAUUCUUCCUGAACACAUACCGUGAGACAGCCAGAGAUAUUGUCUGUUACGCCAUUGAGCAAAAUUUGGAGUUUCCACGCUACGUCUGGAUUAUCAAUGGUUGGUAUGGCAACGAUUGGUGGGUCACCAUGGGAACGACAAGAUGCAGCAAUGACGCUAUUGCACAGUUUUUACAAGACUCUAGAGUACUUAUUCUACGGCCAUACUCGACAUCUGAGAUUAGUAACGACCUAAUAGUUGGAGGAACUACAAGAGCGGAGUAUUACACGCUGUACAGGGAUACUCAACGAUCUGGUGGUACUCGAUUCAUUCCAGAACACUCUCUAAUCUACGACUCUGUGUGGACUCUUGCUCUGGCCCUUAAUAGUACUCUGGUCAAUCAGAAUCCAGCGAGCAACUCCUGUGCUAGUGGCCUUCCCCUUGAGAACUUUACCUACAGCAGUGCCAGCUUAGGGAGAGAGUUGAGAGAUGCUGUCAGCAGGACUAACUUCAAAGGAGCCUCAGGCGAUGUCAUGUUUAAUGAGAAUGGCAUCAGGAGGCACAGCUAUACGCUUGUGGAUCAGUACAGAAAUGGUGCCGGUAUGACUGUUGAGAUUGGGAGAGUUGACCUCCGUGUGUCUUCAGGAGUGUUUAAUUUCAUGUAUGCUGCAAAUGAAGACUCGACUGCAGUGUAUCCAGAAGUUACUCCAAUGGACGGUACUCCAGUGAAAAUCGUAACCACGUUUGAGCUCUGGCCUGUUGGACUUUACUACACGCUGGCAGUCAUAGGUCUUAUCUUCACUUUCAUUUGCUUCCUCUUCAAUAUUAUAUUCCGAAAGAGAAAGAUCGUUCGCCUGACAAGUCCCAAUCUAAACUAUUUCAUCUUACUGGGGGCUCUCCUCGUGUAUGGUACCAUCUUUGUCUAUUUAAUCCGUACAACAAAUCCUCAAAUCUUCAAAAUCAGAUGUUAUGUGCUACCUUGGACUGUAACGCUGGGCUUUAUGCUUGGAUUUGGUGUCGUGAUUGCCAAGCUGUACCGAGUGAUACACAUCUUCAAGAACCCCUCCCCUAAUAGGACAUCUAUGAAGGACUGGAAACUUAUGAUUAUCGUCUCCCUCUUUGUGUGCUACGGGCUUCUAAUUCUCCUUCUAAGACUGGUGGUACCUCAAUUUAGGGUGGAACCCUUCCUUGCGAUAAACAGGGAGAGGCCAAAUGGAUUAAAUAAGCUGGGCAUUGUGGAGACCUACUGCUCCUGGCGAUGCCUUGGUGGAAAUCCAGUUGCCUAUUAUUAUCAAAUCAUCUACUACGUCUGCCUACUGGUAGUCUUCGCACUCGCUCUAGUGUUUGCCUUACAGACUCGGAAAGUCAAAAUUGAAGUGUUGAAUGACUCAAAGUGGAUUGCAGCCAUCGUCUAUUUUUCAGUGCCUAUAACAAUCGUGUUUUUUGUUGUGUCUUUUGUUCUCGGGUCAUGGCCUCAUCUGAGUGGGUCAAUCUACUGUAUUGGCUUGUUUUCCCUGAGCACAAUGUUCCUGGGAUUUGUAUUUGUACCAAAAAUGGUUGCAUUUGCUAAGGACCCCAAAGGAGAGAACGUAUUUUCUAAGAGCAAGACCAUCAGUGCUCACUCGACUAAUGGUACCUAUGGUAUCGAUGGGAGGCAACCCACCUGCGUUACCACCAUGGACAACCCACUCAAAGGGAACGAAAGCACAGAUACUGAAGUACUGUGAACACAGAGGUGAACGUUACUGGGAGAAUAUACCCUAAUCAUGUUGUCUCUUUUGUAUAGUUACUAUUCUCAUUUUUAUAGCCUUGAUGUGUAAUCAUAACCCUCAUUUCCAGCUGCAGUAUGACAA